AUGUCUGGGUCGUGGAAGGAAUCCGAAGAACACACUCUCGAACAGUUCGAAAAACUCUGGACCAACCAGAAGUUCGGCGUCAGUGGUCGCGGUGUGCGCCCUGAAGCUCAUCGGGACGGACAAGAGUUGCAGUUGUUCGGCCAAACCUCAACCCUCGAUGAAUCUAUGCUGGUAUGGCAUAUGCCUGGCAAUCAUCGCCUACGUGACAUGAACAGAAGAGUAGGAAGUCCCUUCCAUCGUUGA